CACUAGUCAUAGAAGCCGGAGCCGGGAAAAUAAUUCUAUAACAUGAUAAUGUUAAUCAGCCAUUCUAAAUCUUACUUUUCUAUGUUCUAUGGUCCUAAAUUGUUCACGAAGGAAUGAAAAGCAUUGUAAUUCUGUUAUUUCACAAGAUAAUAAUAUAUUUUUCGAUCUCGUAAUUCGUUCAUGUUUGAUUUUCGUUUUUAGUACAAGUCUUUUAUAUUAACUAAUAACUCAUAUAUAUUUGAAAUUAAUCAUUAGGUAAUACUAUAAUAAAUAUAUAUUAUUUAUGUUUUUUACUUAUUUAGUUAGCAAUAUUGAAUAUUCCAAAUAUUAGUCUGUUUGAGUUGUUUUAUAUGUAUAGUACUUGUGUAUAGUAUUGUAUGUAUAUACACUAGUACUUUAUAUUUUUAAAAAUUACAUUAGGAAAUGGAUUCUAUCAACGACAGUAGGAGGGAAGAACAUGGUGAUUCCAGAAACUCUUUAAUAGCAAAAUGUCUUUUGCGAUCCAUUACUCACCCCUUGGAUUAUGCUAGAUUCUUGGUGCAAGUAAGUCAUAACAAAUUCAAAUGUUCUUAUCUAUAUAGAAAAUUAUUAUUAUUAUUUUUCUUUAGACACCUGGGUACCUAUUUAUUUUACAAAAUUGUUUGCAUAUACCUAGGUUAAUCAAAAAAAUACUACUUAUAUUUAUUAAACACUAAACAAUGGUUUUUUUAUUACUUUUUUAAUCUCAUAUUAUAGUUAACAACCUUCUUUAUCAGAAAGUAUUGCUGCUGGGUGACAUUCAGUUCAUGUCAUUCAUAUCCUAAUUUAUAUUUCUAUCAACAUGCCUACUUUUAUAAUUCAAUUUAUAGAUUUUAUGUAAUAUCAUAAAAGUUAAAAAAAUAAACAAAAUAUUAUAAUUUUUGUAUAUUUUACAUCUUACUCAAUUUUAUUAUUUUGUUAUGCAAAUCUAAAGAAACCUAACGAGCAUACUUCACAUGAUGGAUGGGCCACUAUUGUAGGUUAAAAGUUGGGAUGGUAAAGGAGAAUUUCUACACACCUAGGUAUAUUUAUACACAAAGGUUAAUAAAAAAAAACGAGUCUGAGUGGAGUUUAGUUAAACAUGUUUUAAAAGGUCUUAACAUUUAUGAUUUUAAAAUAAUACAUUUCGUUCCUGUAGUACCAUUCCAGUUAGAUUUUCUUAAUUUCCUUAAUUUUUUUUUUUUCAAUCAAAUACCUACUGAAACUCACAUGUUCAGUAUUUUGUAUCUAUUAAAUGUAUUAAACAAUUGCUAUCUACACCAGCGGAAACAAAUAUUUAUAGUAUUGUAAUAUACCUAUUGUUUAAAAUAUACUUAUUCAUAACAUAUUUUGAGGGUGUGCAUUUUGCAUAGAUCAUAUUUAAUGAAAAAGAGAAUGUGACAAGUGUAAAUUCAGAUUAAUAUUAAUACAUACAUACCAUAACUACUCUAGUUCAACUUAUAGAUUGUGCAUUUGAUUUAUUUGAUUAAUGUAGGUAUAUAACAUUUUUUUUUUCUACAGAUUGGUCAUGAACCUCUGUCACCAUAUUAUUACAGAUCAAUGUUUGGUGGAAAACGUUUAAUCUACCCUAAUUUAAUAGUAUAUGGUAAUUAUUUUAUUUAUAUACGUAUAUACUAAUAAUUAAUUUUUAUAAAUCACAAUUCCUAAUCGGUGUUAUUCAAAAAUUUAAGGUUUUUAUGUUUAAGUAAUAUCACAAUAUUAACUUUUCAGAUAGAAGAUUAAUUGAUUAGGGUUGGGCAUUAUUAAAAAAAAUAUUGAAAUACAUAAAAUUAUAGCAUGUCUUAUAAAUUAGAUAAGUUUAUAAUGUAUUUUGUCACAAAUUAUUAAAGUAGCUGAUAUCAAUAUCUUAUUUUAUACAAAUUAAAUCAUCAAUUCUUUAGGCAUUAUCCCCUGAACUUAAUGUAAAUGAAUAUUGAUCUUAAUAGUACAAAACAAUCAAUCUAUAUAUUGAAUUAUUUUUGUACAUUUAAAUCUCCACAAUCUUAUUAUUUUCAGCUAAACACAUUUAUUCAGUGGAUGGAUUUAAGGGAUUGUAUACUGGAUUUGGUCCAAAGAUAAUAGGGAUUUGUGUUGAACAUUUUUCAACAUCGCUUGUAGCUGAAUAUAUCAAAACUGACAAAAGUCAAAAUGUACAAUUUGAUUCAGAAUUAGAAUUGUAAGUAUUUCUAUUUGCUUAUUUUGUGUAAGAUGUAAUGUAUAAGUAUUGGACAUUUGUGUUAAAUUAUUAAUCUAUACCCAUUUUUCAAAUGCCAUGGUUUAUUACUAUUUAUUUAUUUUAUUUUUGUUUAAAAGUUUAAUUAUUCAUUGUUUAAUAUAUUUAUUUUUAUAGCAUUUUUAAAUGUAUGUAUAUAUAAGGCUGAGAUCCUUAAUAAUUAUUAUUUUAAGUAAUUCAUUUUAAAUCGAAAAAAAAAUAUUUAACAUUCUCAUUAUAGAAAAUUUAAAAUUUUACAAUUUACUUUUUUUUUUUUUUUUUUUGUAUACAUAUAUAUAUGUUAUAUGUAUAUUUUCCAGUAAGUUUAUUUUUACUAUAAUUUAUACAUAUAUAUAUAGUAAUCAAAAUAGAUUUCACCAAAAAGACAUUAGUUCGUAAAUUAGCUUGAUACAUAUUAAUAAUUUAAAAGUGUGCUAAUUUCUUAAACUUAACAAAAUUUAAUUUGAACAUUUCAAACCCAUUAGCUUAGUAUUUCAGUUGUUUAUAUGAAUUUUGGAUUUAUAUAUUAUAAAAAUAAUAAUAUCAUUUUCAUCUAGAUGGAAAAAUUGUGCAAUAAACACAUCAAAAGAAAUAAUAUGUACUGCUACAAGUAUAAUUUUGAGCCACCCAUUACAAGUUGUAUCAAUGAGAAUGAUGGCCCAAUUUGUAGGUUAUGAACAUCGUUACAUGUAAGUUAUAGUAUAAAAAUUAUUUAUUUAUUUAUACUUGUAAAUAUAAUAUAAACUAUGUAUACUUUGAAAAUGUUAGGUAUGUAUUACAAUCAAUUUUACUUAUAAACCGGGAAGAAGGAAUAAGUGGAUUUUAUUCUGGUAUUAUUCCACGUCUUAUGGCUGGUUUGGGCACUGUGAUUUUAAUUAAUGUGGCAAAACAAGCAUUUACCCAUUUUUUAAUUGAUCCUACACCCAUGGCUUUGAACAUAACUGAUUUUAUUGCUUCGGUAAAAUAAAUAUCUUUUUUAAUUAAUAUAUUAAUGCUAAGUUUAACAUACUACCAUUUUAGUUUUAAGAAAUGGUUGUAUGAAAUUAUAAUUAUUUCAAAAUAUAUAUACUUUUGUUACAGUAUUUAGCCAGUGCAGCAACAUAUCCAUUUAAUGUUGUGACUGCUUGCACAGCAAUCAAUAACUGUGGGUAUGUUGACAUUUUAAAUAAUUUAAUUAAUUGCAUUUUAAUAUUAGUUUUAUUAACAGAUUAGCUGCAGGUAUGCCACCGGAUAUGCCUGUGUUUGGAAAUUGGUUAGAAUGCAUGAGAUAUUUAUAUAAGUUUGAUCAGUUGAACCGUGGCUCAACGAAUUGGGUGAGACGUGUGCCAAAUACACGACUCGUUAAACUGUCUGACUUUAGUUUCUAGUCAUAAAAAUUAUUAUUCCUGGUUGUUAUUUAUAUGUACAAAAUUUAGACGGACUUGUAACAACACAUUUUUAAUUAAAAUUGUAUUAUUAUUUAUUUUUCUAAUUUGUUUGUUAAUGUAAUAUUAAUUUUAGAUGUUUUCAUUAUUUUAUAUUUCAAAUAUUGAAGCAAAUAAAAGAACAAUAAACUCUCGGGCUAAAAUUAAAUUAUUUAAAACAAUUUGCCUAAUUUGAAUAGUGUCUAUUAUUAUUUUUGGGUGGUCACUAUAGUAUGCGAGAAGUUGUGAAAGUAAUAUUUACGAUUUAAAAAUUAUACA